AUGAGUGUUAUCAAGUUACCUAUUCCUCCAUUCGACGAUGUUACAGCACGUGAAAAAGUAAGAUUGGCCGAAGAUGCAUGGAAUUCACGUGAUCCGACAAGAGUAUCACAAGCCUACACCGUUGACACCAAGUGGAGAAAUAGAUCAGAGUUUAUCAAUGGCAGAGAACAGGUAGUUGAAUUUCUCACUAGAAAAUGGCAGAAGGAACAAGAGUAUCGACUGAUCAAAGAGCUGUGGGCAUACAAGGACAGCCGCAUUGCAGUGCGCUUUGCAUACGAGUGGAGAGAUCAUAGCGGUCAAUGGUGGCGUUCCUACGGCAAUGAGAAUUGGGAGUUCUCACCCGAAGGUUUGAUGCAAGUGCGUUACGCUUGCAUCAACGAUCUUGCCAUCACCGAACAACAACGACUCUACCAUUGGUCACAAGGAAGAAGACCUGAUGAUCAUAAAUCAUUAUCUGAAUUAGGAUUAUAA